UGGUACUUGACGGUAGACGGCGAGAGGAAAGGAAGGUUUCUUGCGAGCGGGCGGGCGAGCGAGCAUCGGCCAUGUGCGGAAUCUUUGCGUAUCUGAACUACAGGGUGCCUCGGACCAGGAAGGAAUUUGAAACUCUCAUAAAAGGGCUACAGAGACUAGAAUACAGGGGAUAUGACUCUGCAGGUGUUGCAAUUGAUGGGAAUGAUAAUGAAGAUAAGGAAAGGUACAUUAAAUUGGUCAAGAAAAGAGGGAAAGUGAAGGCUCUCGAUGAGGAGCUGCAAAAACAAGAUGGUCUAGAUUUAAAGGCAGACUUCGAGACACAUUUUGGUAUUGCUCACACUCGCUGGGCAACCCAUGGAGCACCAAAUGCAGUGAACAGUCACCCACAACGAUCAGAUAAAAGUAACGAAUUUGUCGUUAUCCAUAAUGGAAUCAUUACAAAUUACAAAGACCUAAGGAAGUUUUUGGAGACAAAAGGUUACGAGUUUGAAUCUGAAACAGAUACUGAAACCAUUCCAAAGCUGAUCAAAUAUGUGUAUGACAACCGGGAAUCUGAAGACAUAAGUUUUUCUGUCUUGGUUGAGAGAGUCAUUCAUCAGCUGGAAGGAGCUUUUGCACUGGUUUUCAAAAGUAUCCACUACCCAGGGGAAGCUAUUGCUACCAGGAGGGGGAGUCCACUGCUUAUUGGAGUACGAAGUGAAUCUAAGCUUUCCACUGAACAAAUCCCUGUGCUAUAUAGAACAUGCAACAUUGAAAAUGUAAAGAAUCGAUGCAAAACACGAAUGAAAAGACUAGAUAGUUCUACCUGCCUUCAUGCUGUUGGAGAUAAAGCGGUUGAAUUUUUCUUUGCUUCAGAUGCAAGCGCUAUAAUUGAACACACCAACAGAGUAAUCUUUCUAGAAGACGAUGACAUUGCAGCAGUGGCUGAAGGGAAGCUUUCUAUUCAUCGGCUAGAACGUUGUGCUACCGAUGACCCAUCUCGGAUCAUACAGACUUUGCAGAUGGAACUGCAGCAAAUCAUGAAAGGGAACUUCAGUGCUUUCAUGCAAAAGGAAAUAUUUGAACAACCGGAGUCUGUUUUCAAUACCAUGAGAGGAAGGGUGAACUUUGAGAGCAACACAGUUCUUUUAGGUGGCCUGAAGGACCAUUUGAAAGAAAUCAGAAGAUGCAGGCGAUUAAUAAUCAUUGGUUGUGGAACCAGUUUUCAUGCUGCAGUGGCUACCCGUCAAGUUUUGGAGGAACUAACUGAGUUACCUGUGAUGGUGGAACUUGCCAGUGAUUUUCUGGAUCGGAAUACCCCUGUGUUUAGAGACGAUGUGUGCUUUUUCAUCAGUCAGUCCGGGGAAACUGCUGAUACAUUGAUGGCUUUGCGGUACUGUAAGGAUCGCCGAGCUUUGACAGUUGGAAUUACAAAUACUGUUGGAAGCUCAAUAUCCAGGGACACUGACUGUGGUGUACAUAUCAAUGCCGGGCCUGAGAUUGGGGUGGCAAGCACAAAGGCAUAUACCAGCCAGUUCAUCUCUCUUGUACUGUUUGGUCUGAUGAUGUCAGAAGACAGAAUUUCCUUGCAAAACAGAAGACAAGAAAUCAUAAGCGGUUUGAAGUCAUUACCUGAGAUGAUCAAGGAAGUACUGUCCUUGGAUGAGAAGAUACAUGAUCUGGCACUUGAACUAUAUAAACAGCGAUCUCUUUUGGUUAUGGGUCGUGGCUACAACUAUGCCACUUGCUUGGAAGGUGCAUUGAAAAUCAAGGAGAUUACAUAUAUGCACUCUGAAGGCAUCCUGGCUGGGGAAUUGAAGCAUGGGCCCUUGGCUCUUAUAGAUAAGCAGAUGCCAGUUAUCAUGAUAAUUAUGAAAGAUCCCUGCUUCACAAAGUGCCAGAAUGCUCUACAGCAAGUCACUGCUCGCCAGGGCCGCCCUGUUAUAUUGUGUUCUAGAGAAGACACUGAGAGCUCAAAAUUUGCUUACAAAACUAUUGAGCUUCCACAGAACGUUGAUUGCCUGCAAGGAGUUUUGAGUGUUAUCCCUCUACAGCUGCUUUCAUUCCACCUGGCUGUUCUCAGAGGAUAUGAUGUGGAUUUUCCGAGGAAUUUGGCCAAAUCCGUGACUGUGGAAUAAGCAUCGCACAGUAGAAUAUUUGUUACCAAUAAUCCAAAAUUGAAUUUCUGUCAAUGACACUUUAGCAGACUGUUUUGAUGAUGCUGAUUCUACAAAGCGCACCACUACUAAACAUAAUUCUGUUUACUUCAGUGGGGUUUGGGGCUAUGGAAACCACAAACCAGUGCAAUGGAUCUGUUGCUAACUGGAAAGUAUUUGGGAAUGUUUUGUUAUUUUUUAAUGUGAUCUUUAAUGUGCCUUUAAAUAUUUGUUACUUGCCUUGCACCUAAGUGCUCUUGCCACAUCCCUGAAAUAAUAAAAUUGCCAAAGAAAGGAAGAAAAAGCAUUGUUUACAAAUGAUUAAUGAACAGUUUUUCUACUUCUACGACUGUGCAAUAUAUGUAUAUAACUUUGGAGUUACUGUGAAUAAGUCAACACUAUACGUGCAGCCUGAAUCCAUACAUGUUUACUCAGAAGUAAGUCCAUCUGAAAUCAGUAGGAUUUAUUCCUUGGUAUAUAUGCAUAGGAGUGCUGCCUUAGUUCUAAAUACAAAGUAUUAUAUAUACACAAAUGUAUAGCAUUUAAGUUAUUUUUAGUAUGUUGGUUGCCUGUAGUAGUGGGCUGAUUUUACUAAUUGUGUACAAGUUCUUUUACUGUUUGUGCUUUGUAUUUUUAACUGGAAUUCUCUUUCCUAUUAUAUUAACCUUUCCUAUUUACUGUUAUGGGAUUGUAUCUGUAUUUCCACAGAUCCUUUCAUCUAUCUACACAUCACAACUUCUGCAUAUUGUGAAUUAAAGUUUCUUAAACAUCA